AGAAACAUGAGUUUUCAGUACAAGCAUAUCCCAUACUCUCUUGAUGUAGGCAGGGAAGUCGAGUAUGUGCCAGACCUCAUGGCUAUUACUGAUCAUGUGGAUAAGCAGUACUCCUUCAUGAUGUUACCAUUGGUCAAGAAGGGUUUGUAUAGGACAGAGAAAAGUGUAUCCAAAAAUCCUCUGAGAUUAUCCAGGACUUAUGCCUGCCAUGGAUCCGAGAAUAAUAGAGAAAAUCACAUGAAGAGAGUCAAUAAAUUCGCAGUCAUCAAACCCUCUAUUGACCUUGAAUCUCCCAUAGAUCAUAUCAGAGAGCGAGCUGAGUAUUGCUUAAUGGAGGAAAUUGAAUUUGCUGAAUAUCUUAAGAUUGGCACUAUUGUUUUUGAUCUUCCUAUACAUCAAAUAGAAAAGUAUGAUAUCCCUGAGGAAGAUAAACAACAACGCUCUAUCACUAAAUAAAACUGAGCCUGCUAGUAUUGAGGGUGAAGUUAUUUUCCCGCAUAAUUUUUGCAGGAUCUUGAACGGCUACAAAAUUCUCCAAGAUAUUGGAGCCUGUGUAAUCAGAGUCCCAUACUAUGUCAAGCGAUUGGCAGCUAAUUCCAACAAUGAGGAAGAGGAUAUCAACUUAUCAUGGGCUUUCUUUCAAAAACUGAAAAAGAUAUUAAAAUAUUCCCCUCUAAUCAACCUUGCUCUUGAUAUCACUAGAGAUUUAGGGACACUAGAGUCAGCAGAUAGAUGGUUUAGUGAGAACCUCAAGUUUAUCUCGAUUUCUAAUAGCUUGUUCAUGAAGAAUAAUAAGAAUCAGCCAGUCCUUUCAAAAAGUCACCAGCUAAUUAUAAAAACACUGAUGAGGUUUAAGAUUGCUAUUGUGCUCAAAGGGAAUCGAUUCUCAUGUAGAGAAAUGGCCCAGUAUGCUGUCAACUUCAGAUGUGACUGAGUAGGAGGAGGAGAGACCCUCCUUAGCGCUUGAUUUUGCUACGAUAGGCCAUUCAACUCCUACCUCUACUACCUCUUCAAGUCCCAUAUAGCAUUUAGAGACGAAGAAGAGAAAAAGGAUUCAAAUUAUUGGAAUUUCUUACAGACUCCUUUACAACCGUUGAUGGAUAACCUGAGUUCGGGAACUUAUGAAAUUUUCGAAAAUGACAGGAUUAAGUACAAACUGUAUGAAAAAGCAAUCCAGGCAGCUCUCGUCCACUUCAGAUUAAAUGGCUGUUUUAACCAGGCACUAAACACUGGAGAAUAUCCUACCAUUGAUCAAGUGAAUUUUUAUGAACAAAUUCUCCUUGAAAGCAGCAAUAAGACCAAACAUGAUGCUGAUGAUUCUAUGACUGGAGUUGAGCCUGUAGAGGUGAUGGUCUUUGGAGCAGGCAGAGGACCAUUGAUCAUUAGGGCCCUCCAGGCUUCCGAACGCUGAGGAGUGCCCAUUCAUGUAACAGCUGUUGAUAAGAACAGAUAUGCAAUUAUUGAGAUCAAGAAAUUGAUAGAGAAGAACGGAAUUGAAGACAAGGUUGACCUUCUACAUGGAGAUAUGAGAGAGAUUGAGCUGGAGAAGAAGGCUGAUAUUGUCGUCAGUGAGCUUCUUGGUUCAUUUGGAGAUAAUGAACUCAGUCCUGAAUGCCUUUUCCCAAUUCAAAAGCAUAUGAAAAAGACAGGGAUUUCUAUCCCUUGUUAUUAUAGAUCUAAUAUUGCUCCAAUUUCAACACAGUUACUUUGGAAUGAAGCUAAAAGUAACCCUGAUAGCGGAUAUACUGAUCCUUAUAUGAACCAAGUAAUUGAUCCUUUCUCAGUUGGUUAUGUGGUAAAUCUUCAUAACAAGUACUAUCCUUGAGAGACAGUUCAAAAUUGCUUCGAUUUUACCCAUCCAACUCCAAGAUUAAUCAAGAACCAAUAUAAAAAGCUAGAUUUCAUUUGAAGAUCAAAUGCAAUGAUACAUGGCUUUGCUGGAUUUUUUGAGUGUCAGCUUUAUGGAGAUAUCUGGAUGAGUACUAAUCCAAACACUCAUACUCCAACUAUGAGAUCUUGGUAUCCAAUAUAUUUCCCCAUAAACACACCUAUUAUUGCCAAGAAAGACUCAACUAUCACCGUGAAGAUCUGGAGAUUGACUAAGAGUGGUAAAGUGUGGUAUGAAUGGGCCAUGGAGUUUGACCCCCUGGACAACCCUGAGUUUACUUUUGAGACUGAAGUCCACAAUGUUAAUGGAGCCCACUACUGGAUAGGUUCAACAAUAUAAAUUCAAUACUGU